AUGGCUAGUGCUACCAAAAUCCAAUUGGUAAUGGACAUCAUCGACAGCGCGUUGUACGACAAAUCCAAACCAUGGGAUUCAUCAUUUGGACGUUUGGAAUCGGCUACCGGUUUGCCCAGAUUUAAGCUAUUGCUAUGCAUCGUCCUAGUGACUUCAGUGCUGCUCGUGCACGGGGUCACCGCGGAAUUGGCGAGCAACGCGAUUGCGCUCAUUUACCCGGCGGUGGCGACAAUAUCUUUGACUUUUUCACCGCCGAUUUGGAGGAAGUAUAACCGCGAUUCCGCCGCCUAUGAAGCUCAGAACGAGAAGUUUACUUACUGGAUGACGUUCACGGUGAUCUUGAUCGCGGAAUCGAUCUUUUGGCCGAUCCUGCGGCUCUUACCACUGUACCAGAUGUGCAGGACGUGGUUUUUUAUUUGGUGUUUCGCACCGAUUAAAGAAAACGGCUCGGCGUAUAUAUACAACGAAAUCAUACGGCCGCAUUUCGAGCUCAAUGCCGAUGAUUCAGACUGA